AGCGAUCACAGUACAACUCAGUCGCGUGUGUUUACCUGGAGGCUUAAACGUGUCACUUCCAGUGCCUUACUAAUCGGAGGAAUUUAAAAAGCUUAAAAAUGGGGGGCCUGAAGACCCUCAUCAUCCUCCAGCUGGUCUACAUCACCAGCUGCAUGGACCAGCUCCACGUGGUUUACCAGUGGACGCAGUUGGACUUCCAGUUUCCCACCCCUGAGGCCCGGCAGCAGGCGCUGGACAGCAAGAGUUUCAUCCCGGAGAACAAUAUCCCUAUGGGGUUGGAGGUUUAUGAAGAUCGCCUGUUCGUCUCAGUUCCGAGGUGGAGGUCCGGAGUCGCCGCUAGUUUGAACUACAUCAAUUUGAAAGACAACUCAACAACCUCACCGAAGCUCAUCCCAUACCCAAGCUGGGCAGCUCACUCCGUCGGCUCUGAUGGUAGACCCUCAGAGAUCAUCUCCCCAUUCAGGGUCCGCGCUGACCGCUGCGGAAGACUCUGGGUCCUCGACAGUGGAAAGAUCGGCAACCUGGAAAACAGCACCACCAGAUACCCACCUGCAAUCAUCGUCUACGAUCUGAAGACCGACAACCUCAUCCGAAAGUACACCCUCCCCGAAGAUCAAGUUAAACAGGACUCUGGUUUCGCCAACAUUGUCGUCGAAGAUAUAGACUGCGAGAAGACUUUUGCGUACGCUGGUGAUGUUGGCAAACCUGCUUUGAUAGUCUACUCUUGGGAGAAGAAUGAGUCCUGGAGAGUCACUCACCACUUCUUUAAUAUCGAUCCUUUGGCAUGUGACUACAGUGUUAAGGGUCUGAACUUCAGCUGGUCUGAUGGUCUUUUCGGUCUCGGUCUUUCGUCUCCAAAUCCUGAUAACUACAGUACUCUGUACUUCCAUCCGAUGUCUAGUUACAACGAAUUUGCAGUGUCUACUGAAGUUUUGAGAAACAAGUCUGAUGAUAGAGACUUUUUUGCGUUUAAGCUCUUGGGCAGCAGAGGACCGAAUGCUCAGUCCAGUGUUUCAUUCCUGGACCCUACUACUGGAGUGCUGUUUUACUCGUUAGUGAAUCUGAAUGCUGUAGCAUGCUGGAGGACAUCGAACAAGGAUUACAACAUGAAGAACCAGGGAAGGAUCUACAUGAAUGACGAGACCAUGAUCUACCCGACUGAUAUUAAAGUUGAUUACAACCAGAACCUAUGGAUUUUAUCAAACAGGCUGCCGCUGUGGAUGUACGACAAAUUAAACCCAAAUGAAGUCAACUUCAGGAUAUUUUCAGCUCCUGUCUUGGACGCUAUCAGCCAUACUGCUUGUGACGUCACACCCAGGUCUGAUAUCCUUGACAAAUUCGUGAAUAAAGUCAAGAAUGUUACAAAUAAGAUUGCUUCGAAAAUCAAUCCGAAAUCAAGUGGGGUAUCUAUCAACCCGUUGUCUUUAGCUACUGUAGUGUUAGUAAGUUGGAUAAUCUCGUUAUUGUCCAAGUGAAAUUUACAAAGAGUGUAGAUUGUAUAACUGUGAUUGCAGCAGCCAUAAAAGACGUGAUAUCUGACCUUUUUAUCUACAGCUGUAGACUUUCACAUCGAUAUUUGUAUGACAACGAAUUCUUACACAUUCCAAAAGUUUCGACUUUUUGAGUAUCACGUUUGAGAGUCUUAGCUUCGCACGCAUAGUUUUUGCUUUUCUUUAAGUAUUUAUUUUUAUCCAAUGUUCAAUCUUAUACUUAAAUAUUUUAAUUUUCUUUACGUUAUUGCUUUUAUGCAUCCAAUAGAACUAUAAAAUCUUGUCAAGUUAUUUAGAAUCUUUCCAAAAUCAGUGAUUUGAAUACUUUUUCUUGGAGGAAGAUAUCUAAAAUAUCUACAUUACUUACCUAUUUAAAAAUACUGAGAUCUUCCUGAUUCCUCUUAAUAUUAUAAGAACUUAAUUGUAAUGCUUUUUCACGUGUAAUUAUUUAUGUUUUUUUCUUGUUUUUCAAUGGAAAAGAAAAGAAGAAAAUCAUCAGUCGUUCCACGAGUGUUGUUUUUCGUCCGUGUUUCAGCCAAAGGCUUAUUUUUCUUAUUUAAGUAUAAUUUAAUUUUCAUUUUAUUGUUUGUACUUAUUUACGAUCACAUUGGCUCCGAUUCCUGCAGACACUUCCUAAUUUUACUUUAAGUUAUAAGUACCUGUCAUUUUCUCAUCCGCCGAAAAGGAAAGGGACGGGUGAUUGACAGCUCUUAAUUUUAGGAAAAAUGGGUAAAUGAAUGAAUAACCCGGGCAAAUCAUAAAGGUAUCUCGCUGGUAUGAAAAUUGUUUCACGUGUGCUGUCAACUUAUUAGCCAAUGCAAAAUUUAUAUAGGGUUGUUUUAGAUUUGUGCUUAAAAUUGACGUGUGAUCCAUAAAUUUUAUGCUUGCCGAUUACCCGUCCCUUUCCUUUUCGGCGAAUAAGAAAAUGACAGAUAUAACUUAAAAUAAAAUUAGAUGGUGUUUACAGGAAUUAGCACCAAUAUGCUUGUAAUUUAUGCCAUAGUUGGUAUACUUCCUAGUCGUUACUAUAGGGGUGGUAGCGAUUUAUAAGACAACUUCAACAUUCCAGGGCCUUAAAAAAGCUACUCAGGCGUUCGAAUCGCUUUGCGUAAAAGAGUUGACCAAUACACGCAGUUGUUCACGCUUAGGAUCACGUUCACAAUGCGCGGAUACCUCAGCAGGGUCUGCAUGACAACCGCGAAUUUUAUCGUCGGCUUCAACCAAUAAACGCAGCGAAUGCUAUCUGCGUAGCUAGACGUCGUACGGCUAUUGGUCGAAGCCCUCGAUAUAAAUCGCGCCGCGCGCGGCGUGGUUGCCGUGCCAGGAAUGCUGAAAUUAGAGGUGGGUUAAAACAGUCUGAUACCUGUUCCAUCUGUUCCUUUUCCACAAAAAUAACCGUUCCAAAUACCUGUUACAAAAUAGCACCACACCGAAACAUGAACUAGCGGUAUCGUAGUGGGAAUACGUAGUUACUGUUAUUAGCGUGGAAAACUGGAAAAUAGGCUAUAGUUGAGAACAUUAUGUUACUAAUUAUUACACAGCCAAUCCUUUUGAUCUAAGCAUGCAUAGUCGCCCCUAAGCUGGUAGUAGCAAAACAAAGAUGUACCUACCAACUGAAAAUGGAUAUGGUAGUUUUAUUUACAGAAAAUCAUAGACAAUAGAAUUGUCUAGGUUUUUUCUUCAACUUCUACUUAGUUGUACUUUUCAUUUAGUAGUUGUACAUUAAAGAAGAUUGUGCCUUUAACCAGUGAUAAUUAUUGUAUUAUUUAAGCUAACUUAGAAAUAAUUAAGUUGAUAAUUAUUUUGUAAAUAUAUUUUAGUAGUAGAAAUAAAACUGUGAACUUUA